AUGGGAUUCCUUCUCCCCCUGGACGUGAACGUCCGGGAGCGGAAGCCAGCAUGGGUCAUCUGGGUGAUCCUAAUGUGCGGCUGGGCGGUAGCGUGCGUCUUCACGAUUAUCAACACGCUCGCGCAACGGGACGCGCCCACGAGUGAGGUCAGCAUCCUCAAGGGCAACGUCACGCUGCCGGAGAUCUCCAUCUGCUGGGAGGACUCCAUUCUCAAAUACUACGGGACCGAGUUCGACUCUCCGAUCCUGGCAGAAUGCGUCAGCAGCGACUGGACCAUCGACGCCCUGGGGCCCGCGUCGUUUCCGGCGCCCAACGCGUCGCUCCCCUCGUUCGACCGGUCGGAAGAGAGCACGUGCAACGUCACCCUGGCCUUGGGCGAGACUAACUGGUGGGACUGCUACGAGGGCCCCGGCAACUGCGUCGACCAGUGCCUCAGCUUCGACACCAGCCUGCCCGCCUUCAUUGAAGACUUUCCGGACUUCUUCGCCGGGCUCUACUUCAACCGAUCGGCGCCGCUUCAAAAGCUAAAUCUGACGGACGAAUCAGAGUACGUGAUGCCCAUUAACCAGCUCAAGGCGUAUUUACACUACGGCCCGCCAAACGACGAUGGAAAGCUUACCGGCUCCACUCCGGUGUUCAUUCCGAUGAACGCCGUCACCACCGUCACGAUCUCGAUGUCGAUCCGCUUCGGACUGGACGGAACGCAGGAGGCGUCCUUCAUAACGAACUCCGUCAGCGGAGCAUUGAUUCCGCUGCCCGACGACGACGGACUGGAACGCCCGUACGGCUACUCGACCUUCGCUCUAGUUCACUUCGUUCUGGAUACGAGGGGGGUCGAAAAGGUGGUGGAAAAAGACCCCGUCACGAUUACCGGAAUCGUCUCCCAAAUGGGCGGUCUCUUCCCCUUCGUCGCGACCGCGUUCGGCAUUUUUUUCACCAUCAAAGAAGACGGCAAGGCCAAAAAGGCCGGCGCCGCCAAGAAGAAGUCGGACGACUCCGGGGACGGCGGGGACGAUGACGACAGCGACCUGAUGACGUCAGCGGUCCUGACGUCACCCGGGGGCCUGAAGGACAUGAUGAGCCUCGACAACGCGCUCAAGUUCGGGUACAAGAAGGUCCUGCCCGCGUUAGGCCACUGGUUUAUCGGCUUCUUCCGGAGCAAAAAGGUGCAGCCCGCUGAGGUUAAGCCGCUGAAAGCCGCGGGGGUUAAGGCCGCCGAGGGAAAGCCCGCGCCCGGGGGGGUCAAAUUAGCGGCGGAAUCGGCCCCCGGGGAGAGCGUACCGGGCACAGUCAUUGGGUCGGGCGACGCGGCCGCGGCCGCGGCACCGGGGAAGGUUAACGAGAUCCGGAACGAGAUUCGGAAGUACGGGGCCCGUGAGACCCCGUUACUUGACGUUGAUGGUGAAUAG